AAAAUAAGGAAAUAAUUGGCAUAGUCUGGCCAGUGAGUCAUUGAUUCCAAUUCACGUGGCUGGUUCCGCAGUACAACAACAACAGUGUGUUUCUCAACGCCACCUGUCAGGACGCGACCCGGCUGGCGACCGGUGUGCCUUGUCAGCAGCCGUUGGUCGCAUCUUUCGACGGCACAUGGCCUGACGUGGAGUACAUUUGGAUGCACCAUUCACUGGAAGCCUCGUGCAUUUUGGGCCCUAACGAUGUCUGCGCGCAGUAUACGUACUACUUCAAUGAUAUAGCGGAAAACUCCACAUACAUGUGCACCAGAGCGGUCGACCAGCUCGGAAACUCGAUCAACCGGGGCUGCUACGAGUCUACGAACGGGAGCUCCACCACUAGAGUGUGCUUCUGUCGCUCCUUACCAGGAGGCGUCCCCUGCAACAGUUCCAUAUCCACAGUAGUUUCGGUGUUCACGAUCGUAUUAGCCCUCGCAUUAGUGUUUGAUAGGAGAGUACUUCCAAUGAUAUAGAUGGUACAUAAUAAAUAAAAUGGUGGAGA